AGAUAGAUAGAUCUGCAGAAGGAGUCAGAUAACCUCAUAUCAAAGAAAGGCACACAGAAAUACUGAUUUCAUUAUGAACAUGCAUCAAAUACUUGUGUAUUGACUCCACAUAUGUGCUGCCUUUUAGCUAAAUGUUGUUCCAAGUGGCUAAUUUCUGUGUUUCCUUUCAGUCAGUUUCAUUAAGGAGCCUUCAUCUGAACCUAAAUGCUUUUCUACCAGUUGCAACAGUGAAACAAAUCUUGGAACAAACACGUCUUUGUAAUGAAUGUGCAGCAGGUUGACUAAAUAACAUUUAAAAUCCUGUUUCUGAAGCCACCUGCUUCUCUUUAUGUACAGUGCAGUUGUUGUGUUUGUCCAGCAGAUGUCAGCAGAACACCAGUUAUGAGGAGAGUUUGUGAAAGAUGUGAGUAUAACAGAGCAAACAGUGAGCUGAGCUUUGGACUGAGGCAGGGCUGCAGAGAACAACAUCACAGGUAUUCAUGCCAGCUACAGUAGAAAAGUAGAUAAAAGCAGUAAAACUCCUCCCUACAUGUUGAACUCUUGUUCCAGAUGUCUGUACCUUUAUUCAUGUGUGAAGCUGAAGGAUUAAACAAACCUGACAACCAGCAGCAGUCCAGAAUAAUGUUGGUGUUUGUGUCUGAACUACAUUCAACCGGUUCAGCUGAUCAGACGUCUGAUAGUUUGUUAGUGGAUUCAAUCCAAAGUGGCAGAAACUAGAAAAUACGAUAUCAUUUCCUGUUUCCUCGUUUCUGACUGUGACACGAUGACACAAACUUAACUGCAUGUGGUCUUUGUUCUUUUCUAUUUUGUUUCAAUUUAAAACCAACUUUUUUCUGGUUUCAAGAUUUAAAAAAAUGACAAAGCAACUCCAUCUAAUGUCUGAUCUUCGAUUUUGCAGAUUCCUUGUUUGAUUUCUCAUUUGGUAUCAGCAGUAGAAUUGAGGACAGACAGGCAGCAGAAAUGAAAUGUAAAAAUGUUCAAAUCAAAGCCGAAAGAAUAGAGCCACACUUUUAUGACUUUUUGCAAACACAGGAUCUGCAGCAGGACUCUGAUCCAGAAAGCAGAUUCCUUGUGAAAACUCUGAGUUUGUUGCUCUGAGAUGAAGGAAAGUCCAGUUACCGUGGUAACAGACUGUGUGAACAUCACCUGGUCGCCAGCAGGUUUUUCCUUCAACAGACUCUGACUGUCUCUCUGACUCCUGCUGAGCCUGAAGGAUCUGUCUGACUCACCGUUUCUACCUGUCAAUGAAACCUUUCUAUCAGAAGUUCAUACUGACAAGUUUCUAUAUCCAGUCACAUUCAUUUCUCAUUUCUGGCAUUUCUUCUUCACUCUCUCCACAGUUGUUGUGUUUCAGAGGCUGAUGUGAACAGAAAGCAGUUUUUCUCAAGGAUGUAGAUGUGGUUGAUGUGAACAUGAGGAAGAAUCACAGCAACGUGUGAACAGUAAAGGUUGUUGUGUUUGUCUGCUAUGCAUCAGUGUGAGGACAGAGAGGAGGGAGUCCUUCCCUCUAAAAGAUCUCUGUGUGGGGAACAUGAGAACCAGAGCAAAGCUCAGAGCCCAGAGCAACAGAACACACACUCUGCUGGACCUGGACCCGGAUCUGGUCCUGGGCCUGGAUCCAGCUCUGUGUCCAUGAAGAGUGACUGGUCAAUGGAUCCUCCUCCUGUAUUCAGACGAUCUGCAGAUGGAAGGAUCCAGCAGCAGAGACCAGACUGUCCUGAACCCAGCUGUCUGUCCUUCAAGAGUGACCAGUCAAAGAACGAUUUCACUGAAUUUAAAGACAUCUGUCCAUCUGCUGAUCAGAUAACUUGCUGCUGCAGUUUGCUGACGUAAACUAAACUGUGGCUUGAAGUAGAAGGUCCAGAGAGUGUUUGAAGGCAUCGCUAAAGCAGGACAGCCGACCCUCCUGAAUGAGAUCUACACAGAGCUGUACAUCACAGAGGGAGGGACUGCAGAGGUCAAUGAUGAACAUGAGGUGAGACAGAUUGAAGCAGCAUCCAGGAAAGCAGACAGAGCAGAAGCAAGCAUCAGACCAGAAGACAUCCUUAAAGGCUCACCUGGAAGAGAUGGACCAAUCAGAACAGUGAUGACAAAGGGAGUGGCUGGCAUCGGGAAAACAGUGUUAACACAGAAGUUGACUCUGGACUGGGCUGAAGAUAAAACCAACCAGGACAUCCAGUUCAUGUUUCCAUUGACUUUCAGAGAGCUGAAUGUGCUGAAAGAGAGAAAAUUGAGUUUGGUGGAGCUUGUUCAUCACUUGAUGAGUGUCGCCUUCCUCUGGACUUCCACAACAAUGAGGUCCUGACUGAUGUUACAGAGUCCACCUCAGUGGAUGUGCUGCUGACAAACCUGAUCAGGGGGAAGCUGCUUCCCUCUGCUCGCCUCUGGAUAACCACACGACCUGCAGCAGCCAAUCAGAUCCCUCCUGACUGUGUGGACAUGGUGACGGAGGUCAGAGGGUUCACCGACCCACAGAAGGAGGAGUACUUCAGGAAGAGAUCCAGAGAUGAGGAGCAGGCCAGCAGCAUCAUCUCCCACAUGAAGAAGUCACGAAGCCUCCGCAUCAUGUGCCACAUCCCAGUGUUCUGCUGGAUCACUGCUACAGUUCUGGAGAAGCUGCUGAGAACCAGAGAGGGAGGAGAUCUGCCCAGAACCCUGACUGAGAUGUACAUCCACCACCUGGUGGUUCAGGCCAAAGUCAAGAAGGUCAAGUAUGAUGGAGGAGCUGAGACGGAUCCACACUGGAGUGCAGACAGCAGGAGGAUGAUUGAGUCUCUGGGAAAACUGGCUUUUGAGCAGCUGCAGAAAGGAAACCUGAUCUUCUAUGAGUCUGACCUGACAGAGUGUGGCAUCAGCAUGAGAGCAGCCUCAGUGUACUCAGGAGUGUUCACACAGACCUUUAAAGAGGAGAGAGGGUUGUACCAGGACAAGGUGUUCUGCUUCGUCCAUGUGAGCGUUCAGGAGUUUCUGGCUGCUCUUCAUGUCCAUCCAACCUUCAUCAACUCUAGAAUCAACCUGCUGAAAGAACAACAAACAACAUCCCAUUGGACUGAACUGUUCCAAAGUUAUUCAAUAGUUUUCUACCAGAGAGCUGUGGAUGAAGCCUUACAGAGUCCAAACGGACACCUGGACUUGUUCCUGCGCAUCCUCCUUGGUCUGUCACUGCCAACUAAUCAGAAUCUCCUAUGAGAUACCUUGAGUGGCACCAGACAUUGAAAUGAAGAAGAAAUUGAAGAAAACAAGGGUGGUCUAAUAAUUUUUUCCAUGACUGUAGUUAUGAACUUGUUGUCUCACUACUCAGUUUCUCUGCAUCCACAGUACACAUACUCAACACUUUAAGUUGUUAUUUAUUAAAUUAUUAUGGAGUUGUGAAUAGACUGUGUUUUUGGCAUGCAUUUUUUAAAAAUAAAUUAUUUAACCUAUUUUAACCAUAUUUUACCUUCAAUUGUCAUGGUAAGGAGAAUGUUGCUUUUUUUUAGUCUUGGAACUUAUUUUAUUGGAUUCCUUGACCCUAAAAAUGUACACUUUGACACCAAGUUUGUCAUUAUAGCUAUACCAGAAGCAAAGACAUGGGUCUCUGAAGUAUAGUUGGCGCUGAUGUGUGUGAUCUCACUCGUGUCUUAGGAUAAAUUCACGGUUCCCACACGUCCUGAAAAACCUGGAAAAUGAUUGACCAACUUUCCAGUCAUGGAAAACAUAUGAAAAAUGAGAAAAAAGGUCAAAUGUCCUGGAAACAGUUAACUUAUCCUGGAAAAUAUUUAUCCUCCCCCUGUCAAUGCAAACGGGUUAAAAGUUAUGCGCAUGCAUGUCUGUUGUCACCAAUGUUCCCUCUAAUUUUCCAUGAAUCUGAGCAAACACACAAACUCCCUGAGCGUUCCUUGGACCACUGUGAGCAACAUCAGACGUGUGCACUGUGGUCACACCAGCAUCACAUCCAUUCAAGUUACAUGGUUCAUUAAAAGAAUCAAAUUACAGCAUUUACAUUUCUGUUAAAACACUUUGUCAACAGGAGCCAGUUGAAGGCUGCAGUGAUUUUAGUGACACUACAAUGUAUAAGAGUGAAGUUAUUGAAUAUUUGUCUCUCUUUACUGUUGCAGAGGUUUUGCAAAUUGCAGACGGACCCUGUUCACUCCAUAGACACCAAUGUUAUUCCUGUAGCUUGAAAGACAGCUACUUUUGAUAAAACUGGGCUUGUAGCACAUUGUCUGCCUUGCAACAAUGGGAAAGAGGCAUCGUUUAUGUUUUGACAACCUAUAUCUAAUGAGUUAUUGAUGCUGGAAGCCCGAAUCUGUGAAUAUCUUUCCAACUUUACUGAACUUGGGGCCACUACCACCUAAGGAGUGAUAUAUUUAAUUUUGAAAAAAGCAUUUAGCCAUGCUUAAAGCUUUAAGUGCUUUAUUAACACGGAACUAAAAAUUUUGUAUUGUUUUAUUAUCACAGGUUCUGUCUGAAAAGAGGUGGCAUCAUUUUAAACAGUGAAAUCAAACUAAUAAAAUGUAAUGACCAACCAGUGAGCAAUACUGGAUUCUGCAAAAACAUAAACAACUUUAAAAAAAAAUCUAAAUCUUAUCUUAACACAGUUAAUGUAUUGACUUAUUUUUGUGUGUAUGCAUGUAUUUAUUGAUUUAUUUAGUACUGUUAACAUAUCAGAGUUCUGAGUGAAUUUUUCUUAAGAUAGGCAAAGGCCAUUUAUUGAUUACAUAUAGGCUAGUAAAUGUUUAUUAAAAACUAAAAAGCAUUUAAAAAAAACUAUUCAAUUCAAUUCAAUUCAAUUUUAUUUAUAUAGCGCCAAUUACAGUCAAAUUGUCUCGAGACGCUUUACAGAACCCAUAUGCCUGACCCCCAGAACAAGCCAAAAGGUGACAGUGGCAGGAAAACACCCUUUUAACAGGGAAAAAAACCUGGAGCAGAAACCGGCUCUAAUGUGGGGGGAACCAUCUGCCUGCUGGCCGGGCGGGUUGACUUAGGCAUUUAUUGAGUCACUAAAGUACUGUAGAGUACAGACCACAUCAGCAUGAUUAUAAGCAUCCUCUGGUAAAUUAACAACCAGAUACUGAUGUCUCUCACCAUAUGGACUUCAGGAGAUGACUGGGGGAUGAUAAACUGUGACCUACUGGUUGGGUUCUCUCUGUUCUCAUGUUUCUUACAUGUUUGUCCCCUGACAGCCGGGUCAUAAUGUUUUUUGAGCAACACACCAUACUAUGACGUUUUUACAAUGAUGGUUCUACUAUGGAACCAGUUUGACAUGUUCAGGUGUUCUUUGUGUGAAAACUCAGAGAUUUCAGGUAUCAGAAGGUGGUUUUCAACUUUCUUUGUUAACUUUCUGCUUCAACUUUAAACUAAAUUUCCUUCACUAACCCAGCCCUCUGGACUUCCAGUAAGCUGUGUUCCUAUUGGCUGUCCAGGUGGCUGCUAGGUGUUAUUAGGAACACCUGAGCAGCUCAGUGUCUUCCUGCUUUAUUUAGCUGCAGACAAACAUUUCCUCUGCUUCUGUUCACCACUGAACCGGGUUUAGCUCCAUUGCUUUAGUUUGUUCUUUAGGUGUUGGCUUGCAGCUUCCAGCAGUAAACUCGUCUUUAAUGUGUUUCUUGGUGUGUUUUAGGGCUUUGUACUGGAUAGUUGUCUUGGUAAAUGUGGUUCUUUAGCCACAGUUAGCACAUGGUGCUAAUGUGUGCAGUGAUUAGUGGAUUUGUUGCAGCUGAGUUGUGUCUUUAUCUUGGCUGUAGUGAGUCUUUAGAGGUUUUUGGUCAGACACAUUCUGUAUUCUUGUUUGUGAACCAUCGUUGGUUGUCCAGAAGGUAAGAGUGCCUGUCCUGAUUCUCUGUUCUCAGAGGUUCUCUGGUAGGCUGCAGGAGACUUUAGCGUUUGGAUUGUACUAGUUUGGUUUUUGUAUGGUUUUAUUUGGACGACUAUCUUGAGGCCCCUCCAUGUGGUUUAGUGAGGUUUUCUGCAACAGUUCUACAAAGCAACCUGCAGCAGAAGAGACUUUGAGAGUUUUUAGGAAGUUCUGGAGACCAGACUUCAGAGCAGCAGAAACAUUUGUCAGCAGUUUGAGCAGGAGAAGGUGAGCUUCAGAGUAGAAAUGAGACAGAAACCUUCUUGACCCGUGUGGUGAGGUCCUGUACCAAGAGUUUGAGCAGGUUGUGAAGAGUCUGUAGUUCUUUGGUCUGAAAGCACAAGAAGAAUCGACUCAUUAAAGGAGAAAACAGGAGAUAUUGUUGGUUCUUCUGUCGCUCUGCAGUUUCCUUAGACUGAAUGUCAAGUUUAUAUUUUAAAUGAUCUCCCAUGUGAGCCCAAAAAGACUUCAAUAAACUCCCUCCAUCCCCUGAACACAACAUAUUUGAUUACCAUGUUAAAUCUUUUUUUUUUAAAUUUUCUUGAGUUUUAAUCAUAGUUUUAGCAUAGUUUUUUCUCUUUGCUU